UCCCAUCCUCCGCCGCCGCCAGCCCACUAUCUCCUCCUUGGGAUCCCCUCCCGAUCCAAACCACCAACCGAAGUCAUCAUUUUCCGCCUCAUUUUCCAGAUCGGACCAACCACUCGUCGCCUGCCCGAUCCACCACUGCAGUCAGCCCGAGCGAUCGUGGAUCGAGCGCUACCUUCAGCUGCAGCCGCGUGGAGCUCCUUUGUACCCGAGCUACACCAGGCCCCGAGCCGCCUCGAGCUCCCCUCGCCUCCACCUCGUCACUGCCUCGCCUCGCCGGGAGCUGCCUCCCCCGCCGGCGAGCACCUUCACCAGGCCGCCUCCGGCCAGGAACCACAUGACGCCGCUGCAGACCCAGCCAUGGAGCCAUGGAUGCCGCCCUCUGCAGCUCCGUCGCCAAGACCGUGGGCCACCGCGUCCGGAGAUGGCCGGAUCUGCCCCGGCCCGAUGGCUUGCGCUUUCCUCCGCGUCCUCCCCAUCCCGCCACUACCGCGUUCGGCAUCCUUGUCUUCGCGCCGCCGCCUUGUUCCGCUCGAUUGCUGCCUCCAUUCGCUGGCAAACAGCAGCCUCCUUCAACCUCGUCGCCUCAAGCCCCUGCUUUGUCUCCUCCUACAUGGAUCCGUUCGCCCUCGCAUCGUUCCUGCGGGAUCAAACGCGUUCCGGCCGGGAAGAGCCCCGCAACUGCGACCUCCUGCCUCCUGUCGCCAUGGCGCCACUGCCUUUCUUCUUCAGCGAGAGGCAACAGCUCUGCAUCGAGCGCACGACCACCACGCGCGUGGGUCACUAGCUGGACUCUCGUUCAGGCCCAGCGCGCCUCCUGCCCCACCAACUUGGGCUUGGCCCAUGGUGAGGGCACCCCGAGCCCCUCCCUUCUUUCCCCUCCUAUUGGGCUAGGCUGCUAGAUUCGGCCUGUAUAGUUUUUUUAGGCUCUGUGAAUUUCUGUAAUUAUCCAGAGAGCAGCAGUUUUGCAGGAAACCCCCUAGACUACAUGCAUAUAAUAA